AUGGAUGGACAGAACGGCAGCAGCAGCAUCCGCUCUCGGCCGCACGGCAGCGCGACGGACGGCAGGAAGAAGAAGAAAAUCCCGGACAGAGUGACUCUGAAGAAGGAGAUCGGGCUGUUGAGCGCCUGCACCAUCAUCAUAGGGAACAUCAUCGGCUCUGGGAUCUUCAUCUCUCCGAAGGGGGUCCUGGAGCACUCGGGUUCAGUGGGUUUGGCGUUGGUGGUUUGGUUACUGGGAGGCUGCAUCGCCGCAUUGGGCUCCCUCUGCUACGCCGAACUGGGCGUCACCAUCCCGAAAUCCGGAGGAGACUACUCGUACGUCACAGAGAUAUUCGGUGGUCUGAUGGGGUUUCUCUUGCUGUGGAGCGCCGUCCUCAUCAUGUACCCGACCACGCUGGCUGUCAUCGCCCUCACUUUCUCCAGCUACGUCCUGCAGCCGGUCUUCCCAAACUGCGUUCCUCCAUACAUGGCGACACGCAUGCUGUCCGCCACCUGUCUCCUGCUGCUGACCUGGGUGAACUGCUCCAGUGUUCGUAUGGCCACCAGGAUCCAGGACGUCUUCACGGUGGGGAAGCUGAUGGCCCUGGGCCUCAUCAUCGUGGUCGGCCUGGUCCAGAUCUGCAACGGUAACUAUGAGGCGCUGACCCCUCAGGUGGCCUUUUCCCUGGACCGGACGCCGUCGGUCGGUCAGAUCGCUCUGGCCUUCCUUCAGGCCUCCUUCGCCUUCAGCGGCUGGAACUUCCUCAACUACGUCACAGAGGAAGUGGUCGAACCCAGACGGAAUCUACCUCGUGCCAUCUACAUCUCCAUUCCACUGGUGACCUUUGUGUACACGCUCACCAACAUCGCCUACUUCUCCUCCAUGUCGCCCGAGGAGCUGCUGUCGUCCAAUGCCGUGGCCGUAACAUUCGGAGAGAAGUUGCUGGGUAUGUUCUCCGUCAUCAUGCCGAUCUCCGUGGCUCUGUCCACCUUCGGAGGCAUCAACGGCUACCUGUUCACGUCCUCCAGGUUGUGUUUCUCUGGAGCCAGAGAGGGUCACCUGCCCAGCCUACUCGCCAUGAUCCAUUAUAAGAACUGCACGCCCAUCCCCGCCCUGCUGGUCUGCUGCGCUGCCACCAUUGUUAUACUCUGCAUCGGAGAAACACACAACCUGAUCAACUACGUCUCCUUCAUCAACUACCUGUCAUACGGCGUGACGAUCGCAGGUCUGCUGUACUACCGCUGGAAGAAACCCAACCUGUACCGACCCAUCCAGGUGAACCUGCUGGUUCCUGUGUGCUACCUGAUGUUCUGGGCGCUGCUGCUGGGUUUCAGUCUUUACUCAGAGCCGGUGGUUUGUGGCGUUGGUUUAGUCAUCAUGCUUACCGGCGUACCUGUCUACUUCCUGGGUGUCCAUUGGAAAGAGAAACCAAAGUGUAUCUACAACUUCAUUGAGAGGGCGACGUUCGUGGGCCAGAGGUUGUGUUUUGUGGUCUUUCCUCAGUUCGACCCCAUCGAGAUUGCCAGUCCGUCAGAAUGGACUGACCGAUCUUCAGGCAGGAGCAGCUUGUCUGCCAAUUCCUAA